GGUCCGUGGGUUCUUCUCCGCCAUCGCCCCGGAGAGCAGCAGCGAACCGGCCAUCAGCAUGUCGAUGGGGUUGGAGAUCGGCGGGGUGGCCCUGUCGGUGCUGGGUUGGUUGUGCAGCAUCAUCUGCUGCGCGUUACCCAUGUGGAGGGUGACGGCCUUCAUCGGCAACAACAUCGUGACGGCCCAGAUCAUCUGGGAAGGGCUGUGGAUGAACUGCGUGGUGCAGAGCACGGGGCAGAUGCAGUGCAAGGUCUACGCCUCCAUGCUGGCCCUGCCGCAGGACCUGCAAGCCGCCCGCGCCCUCCUGGUGGUGGCCAUCGUCUUGGCCGUCCUGGGCGUGCUGGUGGCCAUCGUGGGCGCCCAGUGCACCCGCUGCGUGGAGGAUGAAAGCACCAAGGCCAAGAUCACCAUCGUCUCCGGCGUCAUCUUCCUCCUCUCCGGCGUCAUGACCCUCAUCCCCGUCUCCUGGUCGGCCAACACCAUCAUCCGGGAUUUCUACAACCCGCUGGUGCUCGACCCGCAGAAGCGGGAGCUGGGCACCUCGCUCUACGUGGGCUGGGCGGCUUCCGCGCUCCUGAUGCUGGGGGGGGCCCUGCUCUGCUGCUCCUGCCCCCCCAAAGACGACAGGUACCCCACCGGCAAGGUGGCCUACUCCGUCCCAUUGGCCGGGAAGGGUGCCCUGGAUGGCUUCCCAUCAUCCUCCUGGGAGGCCAGUCUCUAUUUCUCUGGGAGAGAGGGACUGAAUUUUUGGCAAAGAGGGGCUUUCAUGGACCAGGGGAAGCAAAUCCCGGUGCUGGGUGUCCGUCGGGAUGCCAAGAGAUGA